AUGAGAGAUUCCGUUUCCCUGCUGGCGGCUCACUGGAUCUCCCCCAAUGAGUUGGCCAACCCGAGGGCCAGAGGAAACCCGCCACCCGCUGACCCGAGCACCACCGACCAACACUCGUCCAGCCAGGCCCACCCAGCAGCCUUCCCUGUUGGGCCCCAGCCACUCCUGACAGCACAACAGCUGGCCUCUGCCGUGGCCGGGGUGAUGCCAGGAGGAACCCCAGCCCUCAACCAGCCCAUCCUUAUUCCUUUCAACAUGGCAGGACAGCUGGGCGGUCAACAAGGACUGGUUCUCACCCUCCCUACCGCCAAUCUCACCAACAUCCAAGGGCUGGUUGCAGCCGCAGCUGCAGGAGGCAUCAUGACUUUGCCGUUGCAGAAUCUCCAAGCUACCUCAUCCCUGAAUUCCCAACUCCAACAGCUUCAGCAUCUCCAGCAACUCCAGCAGCAGCAGCCCCCACCACCGCCCCAGCAGCCUGGACCGCCACCCCAGCAGACCAGCCAGCACCCACCACCAGCUCAACAGCCACCCCAGCCUCAACCACAGCUCCAGCCGCAGCCGCAGCCACCUCCGCCCCAGCAGCCCCCACCUCCGCCUCAACAGCCCCCGCAGCCACCAGCGCCAUCUCAACAAGCCCAGCAGAACCAAACCCAGGCUCCAGCAUCAAACCAGUCUCCAGCCCAGCAGGCCUCCAGCUCUCCCCAGAAAUCCAAUCAGUCCCCGGGACAUGGCCUCCCAUCGCCUCUCACGCCAUCGAACCCACUGCAGCUGGUUAAUAACCCACUAGCAAGUCAGGCAGCGGCAGCAGCUGCAGCAGCAGCAGCAACCAUGAGCUCCAUAGCGAGCUCACAGGCCUUUGGCAAUGCACUCUCCAGCCUUCAGGGGGUCACAGGCCAACUAGUUACUAAUGCCCAAGGACAGAUUAUUGGAACCAUCCCACUGAUGCCUAAUCCAGUGCCAUCCAGCCAAGCUGCAGGAGGAGCACAAGGCCUCCAGGUGCAGCCAAUUACCCCCCAACUACUGACAAAUGCCCAGGGUCAGAUCAUUGCCACAGUCAUUGGGAAUCAAAUCCUGCCUGUGAUCAACACCCAGGGAAUCACACUCUCCCCAAUAAAACCAGGCCAACAGCUACACCAACCCUCCCAGACACCAGUGGGUCAAGCUGCCUCCCAGGCCAGCCUUCUGCAUCUGGCUCACAGCCAAGCAUCCAUGUCUCAAAGUCCUGUCCGACAGGCUUCUUCUUCCUCCUCCUCAUCCUCCUCCUCUUCAGCUUUGAGUGUUGGCCAGUUAGUCAGCAAUCCACAGACAGCAGCUGGUGAGGUGGAUGGGGUGAAUCUGGAAGAAAUCCGAGAAUUUGCCAAAGCUUUUAAAAUCCGGCGCCUGUCUCUUGGUCUGACGCAGACCCAAGUUGGCCAGGCUUUAAGUGCCACAGAAGGCCCAGCAUACAGCCAGUCUGCCAUCUGCAGGUAA